AUGCAUCCGCGAUGCAUCUGCGAUGCGGCUCGGUUGUCCGACCGCAUCUGCUCGGGCCCCGUUCGGGAUGCCUCUGCGCUCUCUGGUGGGAAGCGCUCGAAGCAGCAUAACUUUGUGUUGCUUAUUGCGAAGGCCGCACGGCCUGUGCCGCCGUUUCUGGAGGGGGACGACGACGAUGACGACCGAAGCCAAAUCAUGUAUAUCGCUUGUGGUUCCUCCAGGUACACGCUCAGCCCUGCGGAGGCGUCUGCGCGCAUCGAGACCCUCGGCUCCGCCGGCCGCGUGCGGGACCGCAACUGGGCCGUGCUGCACCGGAGCCCCCUGCGGCUGGAGGUGUGGGGCGAGACGCCCGGCGAGCGCAAGCACGGGCCCCUGAAGAGCGCGUCGGUGCAGGAGCUCGUGAACGAGAUCCUGUCGCGGGCGAACCCGGCGGGGGCACAGAUCAAGGUCAGCCACGGGGUGGCGUCGCCGUCGGUGGCAGGCUUGAAGAGCGUGAUGUCCGAGCCGAUGGACCACGUCAUCUCCUACGACAGGUUCUGGAAGGAGCUCGUGGGGCUGCUGCAGGAUCCGGUCAAGUCUGCGGGUGGCAUCAAGGACUCCUCCAUCAGGACCGGCAUGGGCCCUGCCGACGAGGAGUUCGCGGUGGUGGAGGUCCUCCACCCUCCGCCGCUGAAGGUCGUGACGGAGUACAAGGUCAACAAGGCCCAGGGGUGGGUGUACUCCGAGGCCUUCGGGCCGGACGGGGAGCUGCAGGAGAAGGGCUGGGCGGUGUUCCACGGUGCGCCUUUGCGCCUGGAGUGCUGGAGCGAGACGCACACCGUCCGCAAGUUCGGCCCCGCACGGCGCGACCCCAUGCAGUAUCUGGUGAACGCGAUCAUGAAGCGUGUUGCGCCCGCUGAGGCGCCCGGUGCGGUGAAGGUCAGCACGAACGCCAAGCUCAGGUGCGUGGUCUCAGGAGACAUGGGCAAGCGCAUCGACUUCGAGAGGCUGUGGCGUGAGCUGAUCCACGUCAGCAUGCACCCCCAGAGGAACGCGACGAUGAUCUCCUCGGAGGUCACGAGGACGUCGGACACCGAGUUCAUCGUCGUGCAGACGCUGCAGAGCGGGAAGGGCAAGGGCAAGGGGAAGGGCGGCAAGGAAGGAAAGGGCGACAAGGGCGCCGCGGUGACCUCGACCGCCACCCUGAAGUACCGGCUGAACAAGAAGAGGGGCGAGGUGUACCGCGAGGCGUACGGGCAGAUGGGGAAGCUGGACGAGAAGGUCUGGAUCUGCGUCCGCAAGGGGCCCCUGCGCCUGGAGAGCUGGGCCGAGGCCCCCGGCGUCCGCAGGUACGGCCGCGACAAGGCGCAGCAGGUGCAGACCGUCCUCGACGCGGUCCUGGCCUGA